CCAACAUCAAACCAACACGCACACACUCACGUUUUCCUACACAUUACAGAAAUUUGCUUUCAACUUCGUACCAGUGAAUAUUUGUGCGUUUUUCAGAGUUUUUACUGAUAUUUUCAGUAAAGUUUGGUGAAUUCUUGAUACAACAGAGGCAGCAAAAGCGACCGCACCAUGGAUAACACCGGUGAUCGAAUAGAAAAGCUGUACAAAAACUAUGAAAUCUUGAGUGACGCCAAGGAGAAGAUCGGCGAGCACGAAGCGGAAUACAAGGAAAUUUUGGAUGCGGUAAAGGGCUCCGCGAAGGAGAAGCGUCUCGCGUCCCAGUUCAUUGGGAAGUUCUUCAAGCAUUUUCCCGGGCUGGCGGAACUUGCCAUCGAGAGUCAGCUAGACCUGUGCGAGGAUGAGGACACGCAGAUCAGACGCCAGGCAAUCAAGGAUCUGCCACAGCUAUGCCGUGAGACGACCGAGCAUACGCCACGAAUUGGCGACAUUUUGGCCCAAUUGCUCAUUACCGAAGACUCGACCGAGCUGCUGCAGGUGCAUCAGUCGCUGCUAACCCUAGCAAAGUUCGAUGCGGUUGGAACGCUGACUGGCAUUUUCAGCCAAAUCGUGGGCGGCGACGAGACGACGCGAUUCCGCAGCUUCCAGUUCAUUAACAACAAAAUCAUGAAACUUGAGCCCCAAAUACUGACGAAGGCGGUGGAAGAUUUUAUCAUUGCUGAAGUGAAAAAGAUAACACUGGACGUAAGCUCGGACGAAUUCCAUCUGUGCAUGUCCAUCCUGAACCAAACGAAGCUCAGCAAGACGCUUCCCGGUCACGUGGAGCUGGUUACGCUCGCCGCCGAACAGGCGGACCUGGAAAGUGAUCCCGGUGUGCUGGCGUCCGACGAUGAAACGGUCGAACGGUUCAUUCAGUGUGCGACCGAAGCCAUGCCAUACUUUUCGUCCCAGGUGGAAUCGACCCAGUUCGUAAAGUUCAUGUGCGAGAAGUUUCUGCGACCGAGCGUAUGGAGCCUGAUCGGUGCCGCGGACGAGCAGCACCAGACACAGCUGCGCCUGCUGAAGGUGUUUGCGGAGAUGUCGGGCUUCUGUGGGACGCUGGAGAAACCCGCCGAAAAGGUGGAAGCGAUUUAUGAAGUUUUACUGGAAUACAUGCCACUACCGCCGCUCGAUGCCGACCUAAAUGAGACACCAUCGUUCCAGUUUUCGCAUGCCGAAUGUCUGUUGUACGCACUGCACACGCUCGGCAAACAGGCGGUCGAUUUUCUUACCUUCCCCGAGAAUCCGGCAAAGCUGAAGGAUUUCCGAUCGCGUCUGCAAUAUUUGGCGCGUGGUACACAGGGAUACAUCAAGAAGCUCCAGGAAGCCGUCAAGGGCAAAACGGCGGAGGAAAUGAAGUCGGAAGAGAAUCAAAUUAAAGUGACCGCCCUGAAGACCACCUCCAACAUCAGCACUUUGAUUCGCGAUCUGUUCCAUUCGCCGCCAAGCUUCAAAUCGGUCGUACAGCUGUCCUGGGUUAUCCCGAAAGGCAAGAAAGCGCAACAACAAAACCAACAGCCGAAACAGAAGCAGGAGGAAUCGGCCAAGGCCGGCAACAAACGCCACGCUCCGAUCACGUUCGAUGGCAAUGGUAAAGCGGCCGGCGAUACGAAAGGCCCCAAGCAGGGCAAACCGAGCCCCGGGUCGCAGAAAAUGUACACCCCACCGUCGGGUAAAUAUUCUGGCAAAUUACACCGGAAUGGCGGCGGUGGUGGCGGUGGCGGUGGUGGUGGCCGACGUCCCAGUGGUGGCGGCGGCGGUGGCGGCAAUUUCCGCCGUGGCAGCUACGGUGGGAACGGAGGAGGUGGUGGUGGUGGCGGUGGUGGCCGCAACAAUGGAGGAAAAAGGAAGUAUUAAAUCGUGACACAGUGUAUGGUUGUAUCGAAAAAAUAGGGGCGCAAAAGCACAGAGUACGCGCUAUUUCAAUCCCUACCCCUGCCCCCCUUUUUAUCCCUUAAUCGUAAUGAGAUGUACUGGUAUUUAACAAUUUAGUGUCUAACCAUGAUCAUCUUCUAGAUAGGCAUUCCUUUGCUUAGGGAAUGGGGCUAGAGGCCAGUAGCAUGGUAAAGAUAGACGAUUUAUCGCGCUGUUUGGUGGGUAAAUACUUUAGGAUGUGAGAAUAGUUUAGGACAACAGAGACGGAGGAUAAUGGAGAAUUUUUUUCGAUUAUUUUUUUAUUCAAAAGUUAACUUUGGCGACCUUAUUCGCAUUAUGGCAGUUGUGCAAUAUUUUACACUGCUUUUAUUGAUUUGAUGUACCAUGCUACCAGUUAACAUCAUACUUUAAUUUUAAUGUAUCACUUUCACUAACACUAACUAAGCACAACUGUCGUUACGAACGCGUUGUUCGUACAUCUUAUUGGAGUCCCUUCGUUGGAACGCUAGGGUGGAUUGAUCUGUACAAAUACCGAAAGGACACGCGAAAUGGACGCAGCAGCAGCAGCAGCAGCAGCAGAAGCAGGCAGACAGACGACACGGUAAACCCGAAAAAAGAAAGCAAUAAUCAUCGUCCAAUUAUCCCAGCAACUCACCGAAUGUGGCAGAGAAAUGUACUUCAAUCAUCGCUGUAUCACAACGGGGAGCUCAUCCACUACUGCUACCAUUACCAGCUGUGUGUGUGUGUGUGUCCUUAUCUUCCUUCUGCAUCUCCCUUCUAAUUGGUAGUAUCUCAGGGCUUACAGAGGUUCUUUUUUAGUGCACCAAAUCCAUUCACAUCCCUCUAUCCUAACUAACUUGUGCUCUCGCUUUUGCCUCCUUUUUUUGUUGCUACAAAUCAUUACUGUACACGAUUUUCGACGCAUCAUUCAACACACACUCACCAUCGAUGAUAAUCAACCGACCAAGCCGGCCGACCACCACCCACCCUGUCGCAGGCAGCAAUUCUCUUUCAGCGUGUAAGUGUCUAUCCGAUCAUGGAGCGUGGAGAAGGGAGGUGUUGUUUAGCCGGUGUUGGUAAUUAAAGUUGGCAUUGGGUUGUGCGAAGAGAUCUCCGAGUGAUCCCCUUUCUCUAUAGCUCCGUGAGUACUUGUUCUUCCUACUUUGCACAGACAAACACAACACUCACAUCAGACCCUUUGCUGUUGUUUAUGGCAACCCGCUUCGUGGAUGGUUUUCACUACGAUGGUAUUACCACCGUCAUUAUCCUAGAGAUAGGUAUUUUAUAUUAUUUUUCAAAUAAUUGCAUAUGAAUUUUGUUUUCUCUGGUGGUGGGAAAAAUGGGUAUUUUCCAUUUCCCCCUCUAUGAAGUAUGUAGUGGCGGCACAACAUGGUUUUAAAACGUACCUACACCGAUUUGGGUAGAACGUGCGUGUGCGUGUGAAUUAAAUGGAUAAUUUGUAUGUUGAGCUGCAUUCGCUGCUUGAUAUUAUUGCAGUUGCAUUUUGUUUUACUGAUUAUUGCGAUGGUAGUGCUUCACGGAUUCGCACAAACAUUUACUUAUUUUUUUCAUCUAAUACUACGGGGACUAUGUUUUGCAUAAUUGUAGUUGAACAUUUCACGAUAUAUUUGAGCGCAAUGAGUCUAAAAGCGACCCGAAAAAUGUGUUGCGCAAUAUAUCUGAGCAAUACGCUAAACUAUCGAUCUUACAAUUUGAAAAUACAGUACAACCCCCUCCGCCAGUUCAACGUUCUCGUGAAUAAACAACACUUCGUGGUAUGAAUAAA